AAACAGAUAAAAAAACACGGCGGCUUGUCGCAUUUGCAAAAAUGGUAAAGGUGUAUCUGUUUCGCAAGCUGCAUGCCCUCAGCCAGUUGCAGAGGGAUGUCUGGGAGGAGGCGGUGCUCGAAGUGGUGGAGCCGGUGCUCAGUGGCAGGACCAGCACCGUCGUCAACUACGGCGAGACAAUGGACUACGGCACUGACGAGAAUGAUGUGAUGGCCCGGAUCUUUAGCGAUUUGUUCAGGAAUGUCUACACUCUGGAGCUGACCAUGGAGGUCAACAUAUCUAUCAGGCACGUUGAGAUCAAUGGGGAGCGUCCAGAGUCCACGGGUGACAUGGAGGGGCAGGACCACAGGCCAUCCAAGCAGCACUUUGUGGCAACCACCGGUGAUGUCUACACAUACAUAGACAGGGUGAUGCGGCGCCUGCCUCAUAGCCGUGUGCUCUUCACCCUCAACGUGAGGCAAACGAACAUCGAUCAGUCGAGAAAAGUCUACGGCAAGCUGCAGUUUAUUCACCUGAAGAGUGCCUCUGCGGACCCGGAGAUGGUGGACAGCUCUACGUCCAUGGGCUCCUUGCUGAAGCUCUUCAAGGUCCUGUCCCGCAGCCCCAAGACACACAUGCGAUAUCACAACAUCAACUUGACGCGACUACUCCACGAGGUGCUGGCAAGUGCCGACAGCACUGUGGUAAUCAACUACACAGAAGCUUCUGUGUUCAACACAGUACUGAUGGCGCCGGCCUGUACUCCGGCAUCAGGCCAUGCCAGACGUGAGUCGUCUGUCGAGAUGUGGAAGGCGAUGUACAGACAGGAGCAAACGAAGUAUCGAUUCCUGAAGGAGAAGGUGCUCAACCUUGAGUUCUGCACCGGCGAUGAGGAAAAACGGCAGCUAUAUGAGAUGAUGGAUGCUCUGGAGAGCGAUUCCGAAGAAUAUAACGAUUCCAGCAGUAGCGACACGGCCAUAGAGACGAUGCAGGCUUGCCAGGACAUUGGGAUGCCCUGCUAUAUCCCUGUGUCCAAUCAGAAAAUGCAUGAAAUCCGAAUGGAGGCAGAGCUGACCAUCGAGGAGCUCAAGGAGCUGCAGUCGACAGUCGAACAGCUGUCCAUCAAGAACCAGCAACAACAUAAGGAGCUGCUGGAAAAAAACGAAAUGGUACGCCAACUCAAUGAGGAACUAAUCAAAGCUAACGAGGAGCUGCUGCAACAGAAGGUCUCCUUCCAGCAGAAGCUGCAGGCGUACACGGAGAGGUUCAAUCAACUUUGGCGGGAUCAGAGCCAGGUCUUCCAAGCGCGUGAGAUAGAGCGCAAAGAGCAACUGUCCAAAAUGCUCGACAGCUACUGCAAGGAGAUGCAGAGCUCGCAACAGCGGCAGCUGAUCCAGCUGCAGAAACAGACAGCAGAAGGAUCGCGAGCUCCAAAUCCAGGUUUCAAAAAAACAACUGAAGCUCCGGGCUGUACAAAAGCCGGCAGUUGCUCCACAGCUGCCGCAGCUGUAGUCAAGGAAGAGCCAAGUGAAAAACUCUAAGCGUGCAAUAAAGAAACAAACACAAAGCCCA